GCAACAUGAAACAUCAUUUGAAGGCAAUCUGAUAAGUCAAGAAGUGAUGUUAAAGCGUCAGGAAGAAGAAAUGAUGCAACUACAAGCUAGAAUGGCUCUCAGGCAAUCCCGACCUAACCUUUACCCAGGAGAGGCAAUUAGGUCUUCAAUGCUUGACAUCACCAGAGAUCCACUGAGAGAAAUAGCCCUGGAAACAGCCAUGACACAAAGAAAACUGAGGAAUUUCUUUGGCCCUGAGUUUGUGAAAAUGACGAUUGAGCCAUUCAUCUCCUUGGAUCUACCAAAGUCUAUCUUGACUAAGAAGGGGAAGAGUGAUGACACCAGGCGAAAAGUAAAUGUGAUGCUUCUAAGUGGGCAGAAGCUGGAGCUGACCUGUGAUACCAAAACGAUAUGUAAAGAUGUCUUUGAUAUGGUUGUUGCCCAUAUUGGCUUGGUUGAGCAUCACUUGUUUGGACUGGCUACUUUAAGAGACAAUGAAUUUUUCUUCGUUGAUCCUGACCUAAAGCUAAGUAAAGUAGCUCCAGAAGGAUGGAAAGAAGAACUGAAGAAAAAGAACAAGCCCUCUGUCAACUUCACUCUGUUUUUUCGCAUUAAGUUUUUUGUGGAUGAUGUCAGUCUGAUACAGCACACGCUGACCUGUCACCAGUAUUAUCUGCAGUUGCGAAAGGACAUCCUGGAAGACAGAAUGCACUGUGAUGAUGAGACAGCCUUAUUAUUAGCAUCCCUAGCUCUCCAAGCUGAGUAUGGAGAUUACCAGGCAGAGGUGCAUGGCAUGUCAUAUUUUAGACUAGAACACUAUGUCCCAGCUAGAGUGAUGGAGAAACUGGAUCUGUCCUACAUCAAGGAAGAGCUGCCAAAAUUGCAUAGCACUUAUGUGGGUGCAUCUGAAAAAGAGACAGAGUUAGAAUUUUUGAAGUUGUGUCAGAGGCUCACAGAAUACGGGGUUCAUCUUCAUCAUGUGUUGCCAGAGAAGAGAUCCCAAACAGGCAUCCUUCUGGGAGUGUGCUCCAAAGGAGUGGUUAUUUUUGAAGUUCACAAUGGCACCCGCACACCUGUACUGCGCUUCCCAUGGAGAGAGACAAAGAAAAUAUCCUUUAGUAAGAAGAAGAUAACUUUGCAGAACACGUCAGAUGGUAUCAAGCAUGCAUUUCAUACUGACAGUAGUAAGACUUGCCAGUACCUUUUGCACCUCUGCUCUUCCCAGCAUAAAUUCCAACUACAGAUGAGAACCAGACAGAGCAACCAAGAUGCUCAGGAUAUUGAAAGGGCUUCAUUUAGGAGCCUGAACCUUCACGCGGACUCUGUCAAAGGUUUCAACAUGGGACGAGCAAUCAGUACUGGUAGCCUGGCCAGCAGCACUUUGAACCGCCUCGCCGUUCGACCUCUGUCUGUUCAAGCAGAGAUUCUGAAGAGGCUGUCCUGCUCUGAGCUCUCACUCUUCCAGCCCCUUCCUGGCUCCUCAAAGGACAAGAAUGAGAAGACUCCAUGGGAGGAAAGACCCAGGGUUAUGAGCAAGUCAUUUCAUGAUCUGAGUCAGAGUCACAUCUCUGUUUACCCCCCAAGGAAAAAUACUAUUACUGCUUUGGACUCUUCCCCCCAAAAAAUAGAAGACAUAAUGGGAAGAGUCUUUCAGCAAAUGCCCAAAUUUGAUACUGGAUCAGGAGCAGGAGCAUUAAAACUGAACAAUUCAAAAUCUCAUGCAGGUUUAAGUAGAAGCCCUGAAAGAAAGAAAAAUGAAUCAGACUCAUCAUCCAUUGAAGAUACCGGUCAAGCCUAUGUUGUAGGCAUUAGCGUGAAUACUUCAGGAAAUCUUCCAUCAUCAACGCUGUUAAAGGAGAGCAUUGACUCUCUGCAAACAACACAGAACAGAGUUGCCUCACCAGAAAGAGAGAUCACUUUGGUGAACUUGAAAAAGGAUGAAAAAUUUGGCUUGGGCUUUCAAAUAGUCGGCGGAGAGAAGACGGGGAAGCUCGACCUGGGAAUUUUUAUUCAUUCAGUUAUUCCUGGAGGGCCAGCUGAUUUGGAAGGAACUCUAAAACCAGGACACCGACUGAUAUCCGUAAAUAGCACAAGUUUAGAAGGUGUGAGCCACCAUGCAGCAUUAGAAAUUUUGGAGAAUGCACCUGAAGAUGUGACACUUGUUAUCUCUCAGCCCAAGGACAAGCUAGCCAAAGCGUCGUCUAACGCUGCACACAUCAGUAAUGGAACCAGGGGUUAUUUAAGGAGGCCAUCUUCAGUGCAGGACAAUGAGGCAGAGUCCUCUUCAGAAGAACACAACCAGUCCCGUGGUCACCAGAGGCCUGUUUCGGGGAGUUUGUCUGGUUUGUCAGGAGGAAAGCGGGAUGGAAGCGUGAGCUCCCAGGAUUCCAGAACCGAAAGCGCCAGCCUGUCUCAGAGCCAGACAACCAGCUUCUUUGGCAAACGUGCAAGUGGUAGAGCCCAGCAGGAUCCUCAGCAUUACAGUGAUUCCCAGUCUGGGCUUUCUAAAAUGACUGAGAAGAGAAAAUCUUCAUCUGACAGCACUCGAGCAAAAAAUAAAAGGCCUGGGGUAGUGGAGUCUGUGGAAUAUUCUGACCGAGGGGAUUCUGACAUGGAUGAAGCAACUUAUUCCAGCAGUCAGGAGCAACAGCCAGCUAAAAAGGAAUCUUCCUCAGCGAAUACAGCAAACAAAAUGAAUUGUAAAAAGGUUACUACAACACUUCUUAAACCUGGAGAUAUCUUUGAGGUUGAGCUAGCCAAAAAAGAUAACGGCUUGGGAAUAAGUGUCACGGUACUGUUUGACAAGGGUGGUGUAAAUACCAGCAUAAGGCAUGGUGGUAUUUAUGUGAAAGCCAUUAUUCCUAAGGGAGCAGCUGAAGCAGAUGGCAGAAUAGAAAAAGGUGACCGUGUGCUCUCUGUCAAUGGGAUUAGUUUGGAAGGUGCCACUCAUAAGCAAGCUGUUGAAAUGCUGAGAAACACUGGGCAGGUGGUGCAUCUGCUGUUGGAAAAAGGUCAGCUUUCGGUGGCCAAGGUUCAUGCUCCAGUAACACCACAAUGCACACCUCCAAAUCAGGUGGGGCAAUGUGAGCCACAGGAGAAACCAGCGACAAAAACUACAAGUGCCAAGGAUUACAGCUUUGUCACUGCAGAGAACACAUUUGAGGUAAAGCUGUUGAAGAAUAGCUCGGGUCUCGGGUUCAGUUUCUGCCGUGAAGAUAACCUUACCCCAGACCAACUGGACUCAACUAUUGUGAGGGUGAAAAAGCUCUUCCCUGGGCAGCCUGCCGCAGAAAGCGGGCAGAUGGAAAUUGGGGAUGUCAUUCUGAAAGUGAAUGGGGCAUCUCUGAAGGGUUUAUCCCAGCAGGAAGUCAUCUCUGCUCUGAGAGGAACAUCCCCAGAAGUCUCUCUUCUCCUAUGUCGGCCACCAUCUGGCAUACUACCAGACAUUGAUCCUUCUUUGUUGACUCCCAUCCAUUCACCCCAACAAGUAUUUCCAGAUGUCAGCAGAGAAGUUUCUGGUCCAUCAGAUGGAGAACAAGGUGACAGCUCAGAUGAAAAUGAAACUACUGAUCUGAGCACGAAAAGACUAAAAUCUCCCUCUAGAAGAGACAGCUACAGUGACAGCAGCAGGAGUGGUGAGGAGGAGGUGAUAGACUCGCCUGCACAGGCAGGCCUUGGCUGGGGUUCUGCACUGUACCAAGCUUCAGAUGAAGCUGUGACACACAGUCAGUAUGAGGCACAUGGCAGUCAGGAGGAGGCUGUUCGCACCGUCGUGUAUUCUGAUCAAGAGGCUCCUGGCAAGUCAGAGCUUGAGGACAGUAAUCUGCUAUUGGAUUUGCCAUCGAUCCCAACCUGUAGAACUGUUCCUGAUGUUACCACAUCUGUUUUAAUAAAUGACUGUUAUGCUACUCCUGCUUCUGAGCUGACUCCACACCUGGGAGGAAUGGAUUCAUUACUCAGCCAGUUGGAAAAAAACACUGAAGAAUACGAGCCAGAAGUAGAGCUCCGAGUCACUAUGGCAAAGUCAGAAAAGGGUAGUCUGGGUUUUACAGUGACCAAAGGUAACGAUAACAUUGGCUGCUACAUUCAUGACAUUGUUCAGGAUCCUGCCAAAAGUGAUGGGAGACUGCGACCUGGAGACCGACUGAUAAAAGUUAAUGACAUUGAUGUCACUAACAUGAGUCAUACUGAUGCAGUCAACUUUCUCCGUGCUGCCCCAAAGACUGUCAGAUUAGUGCUAGGACGGGUUUUGGAGUUACCCAAGAUGCCAGUGUUGCCUCAUUUACUGCCUGAUAUUACACUAAUGUGCCAUAAGGAGGAGCUAGGUUUGUUGUUAUCAGGAGGUCAUGACAGCCUUUACCAAGUUGUGUAUAUUAGUGACAUUCUCCCCAGAUCAGUUGCUGCCAGAGAGAAGAGUCUUCGUGCGCUAGAUAUUAUCCAUUACAUUAAUGGAGUAAGCACACAGGGAAUGACUCUGAAAGAAGCUAAAAGAAUGCUGGAAACAUGCCUUCCAAAAGUGGUGCUCAAAGCGACCAGGGAUGGUCAUGCAGUGCUUCCAAAAUCUAAAAGCCCCGAUAGCUCAAAUCCAUGGCCAAUGAAAACGAAUG